AUGGCCACAGAAAAGAUCGUCCCGACUGACCGGGAGCUUCAGAAUAUGGAAAUGAAUAACCCCGACGUCCUCGAACUUACUCGUCAAGCCGAAGCCAGUGACGCAGCCGACCGACUGUUAACCGUGCGCCAGGCCCUGAUGAAAUAUAAGAAAGCGGUAUUUUGGGCUAUGUUUCUGUCUACUAGUUUGAUCAUGGAGGGAUAUGAUUUGGUUAUCAUCACGUCGUUCUAUGGUCAGUCACAGUUUAUUCACCGAUUUGGAGUUGCGGAUCCAGCUACGGGAAUCAAAUCUAUCCCAGCCUCUUGGCAAUCUGGCCUUUCCAACUCAUCGGUCGUUGGUCAACUUGCUGGACUAUUGGUAAAUGCCUAUACCCAGGAUCGAUUUGGCUGUCGCCCGACAAUGAUUUUCUUCAUGUGUUGGAUGAUGGUGAUGAUUUUCAUUCCAGUUUUUGCGCCAUCUCUUUCCAUUUUGGCAUGGGGUGAGGCUAUGUGUGGAGUCUCUUGGGGUGUCUUCCAGACCCUAUCCACAACAUAUGCUUGUGAAGUCGUUCCCACUGUCCUUCGUCCCUAUGUAACAGCCUAUGUUUGCAUGUGCUGGGGAGCAGGUAUCUUGCUCUCAUCGGGCGUUGUCCGAGCAGUGGCAAGUAUCGAUGGCGACCUCGGAUGGAGACUACCAUUUGCACUACAGUGGAUCUGGCCAAUUCCUCUUAUGGUCGGGGCCUACUUCGCCCCUGAAUCACCAUGGAAUGCAGUCCGGAGGAAUCAAUUUGAUGUCGCCAGGAAGAGUCUCCUUCGCCUGCACCGAGAUACCCCGGAGAAGGAGCGUGAAGUGGAUGCUACUUUGGCGUAUAUUCGACACACGACGGAGCUGGAGAAAGCGGAAACAGAAAAUGCGAGCUUUUUGGAGUGCUUCAAGGGACAUAAUCUGCGGAGAACCGAGAUUAACUGUGUUGUCUGGGCUGCCCAGAUCCUGUGUGGAAAUGCCCUCCUUGGUUAUUCCGUCGUGUUUCUCGAAGCGGCAGGCUUCUCGGAGAUUCAAGCGUUCGAUGUCAACAUCUCUCUUUCUGCAUGUUACAUCAUCGGCGGCAUAAUCUGCUGGUUCCUGUUCCCUCACGUCGGUCGCGCAACAAUCUAUAUGAGCGGUAUGGCUUUCAUGUUCGUGUGUCUUAUGAUAAUCGGCGGCCUCGGAUGGGUUAGCGGAGACAGCGCACAGCUGGCAAUUGGCAUCCUCCUGGUCAUCUCGACAUUAUGCAAUAUGAUCACGGUAGGACCAGCCUGUUACCCGAUUGUGGCUGAAACACCAUCAGGAAGAUUGAGGUAUAAGACAAUUGUUAUUGGUCGGUUUGUGUACAAUCUAACCGGCAUCGUCCACAAUGUGAUCACGCCGCGCAUGAUUUCUGCAACAGCUUGGAAUUGGGGAGCCAAAGCCGGUAUUUUCUACGCGGGCACUAACUUGCUUUGCAAUCUUUGGUGUUGGUUCCGUCUGCCGGAGACGAAAGAUCGCACGUUCGGCGAGAUCGAUCUGCUUUUCGAGAAUCAAGUUCCCGCCAGGAAGUUCAAGUCUACCAAAGUUGAACAAUUCGCUCAUCAACGCAGUUUCGAAGCCAAGACUGAGCAGUUCGCGGAGCAUGUGGAAGAGUUCGCUUGA